CCCCUAUCCGGAACUAUUGAAUGCGUGGUCUUUGUUUCCACACGGAGCAUUGAAAAGUACGUACCGCAUUACUGAAAGAGGCCUAAAACCGGAAGUGAGGCCUAAAAGUACCUCUAACCACCACUGAGGCAACGGAGGCAUUAACGUCUCGUAUUAGGAAAACCCGGUCCCCGUCGACACGAGGGCAAAAUAUAUACUACGACGGUUUAGAGAAAGCGCCGGGGAGAAGAUCACGGGCCACUUCCGGUGCCCAAACCGGAAGUGGUGUUGUUUUGGCGGCGACUCUAUGGCCGUGGAGGACUGCGGAGGUGAGGCAGGGACGGAAUGCCACAAAAUGGAACAACGUGGGAGGAAAUAGAAGCCUUUGAAUCAUGUUGGUCUAUGGAUAACAUCGCUUGAGUCAGAGAGUUCCGAGGAUGUUUGGGGGUCCGGGGUCAUCGUCGUCGUCGUCGUCUUCCUCGUGCCCGCCGUCCUCCUCGUCCCUGUCGUCGUCCUCACGGAAGGCGGAGUUUCUGGACAAGGCUCGGCAGGCGCGGGAGGAGCGCCGGGGGCAGAAGGAGCGCGAGAAGGCCGCCCUCCGCAUCCAGGCCGCCCUCCGAGGACACGCCACACGCACACGCCUGCGCACACGCCUGCGGAAAGAGGUGGACGAGUUUUUCCUCCCAGAGGAAUCUGUCAAUCAGAACAAGAAGACAGCGCUGUCAAUCUUCCGGGCCGCCCGGAAGCUGCUCUUCGUCUUCCACCCGCAGCAAGACAAAGAGAGAUUCGAAAAACUAUGCCGCUGCAUUUUGAACAGUAUGGAGGCCGAGAACGAGCCCAAGGUGUGUUACGUGUCCCUGGCGCUCUCGAAGGACCUGACGCUCCUCUGGAUCAAGCAGCUCAAGGACGUCCUCUGGCUCUGCUGCCACUUCCUGAAAGUCCUCAAGCCGGACAUCUUGCAAGACUCCAAGCUGGUCAACCUCCACCUCACGAUGCUGGUGACCUUUACCGACCCCUCGACCUGGAAGAUCCUGCGCGGAAAAGGGGAGGCCCUGCGCCCGGCCAUGUCCCACAUCUGUGCCAACGUGAUGGGCCACCUCAACCAGAAGGGCUUCUACUCGGUCCUGCAGAUCCUGCUGACCGCCGGCCUGGCCCGCUCACGGCCCUCCUUCUCCAAGGGCAGCCUCACCGCCGCCUUCUCCCUCGCCCUGCGGCCGGUGGUGGCGGCCCAGUUCUCGGACAACCUCCUCCGCUGCUUCCUGAUCCACAUCCUGUCGGUGCCGGCCAUCGCCACCCACGUCGCCACCCUCACCCCCGAGCGCCUGUCAGUCAUCGAGUCCCACGACCUUUUGCGGAAGUUCAUCCUCUUCUUGAGCCGCGAAGAGCAGUGCCGGGACGUCUGCGUCUGCUUGGAAGGAAGCCACACGCUCUGCCUCAUGGGCAACCUGAUCUUCCUGUCCUCCCUGAACGACCGUGUCCUGGAGGAGGAGGCGGCCCACGUGGUGCGGGUCCUGACCUGGAUGCUCUGCUACUGCCAGAAGUACGUCUCCCAGAAGAAGUCCAACCUCACCCACUGGCACCCCGUCCUGGGGUGGUUCUCACAGCCCGUGGAUUAUGGGUUGAAUGAGUCGAUGCCCCUCCUAACGAAGCAGUUGCAGCACCUUUGGGGCGUCCACCUGAUCCGCAUCCUCUUCAGCGACGUCCUCAGCAAGAAACUCCAGGAAAACCAAGAUGGCGCCCGAACGCAAGCCCAGGCCGCUUCCCCGCAGAACAGCCUCCCCAUGAAAAACCUCUUCAAGCGGGCCUUCCAGAAGUCGGCCUCCGUCCGCCACAUCCUGAAGCCCGUGGGCGGGAAGCGGGUGGACUCGGCCGAAGUCCAGAAGGUCUGCAGCAUCUGCGUCCUCUACCAGAUGGCCCUCACCACCCUCACCCAGAUCCGACUCCAGAUCCUGACCGGCCUGACGUACCUGGACGACCUCCUCCCGAAGCUGUGGGCCUUCAUCUGCGAGCUGGGUCCCCAGGGUGGGCUGAAGCUCUUCCUGGAGUGCCUCAACAACGACACCGAGGAGUCCCAGCGCCUCCUGGCCAUGCUCACCCUCUUCUGCGACUGCUCACGGCACCUCAUCACGAUCCUGGACGACAUUGAGGUGUACGAGGAGCAGGUCUCCUUCAAGCUGGAAGAGCUGGUGACCAUCUCCUCCUUCCUCAACUCCUUCGUCUUCAAGAUGAUCUGGGACGGCAUCGUGGAGAGCGCCAAAGGGGAGACCCUGGAGCUCUUCCACUCGGUCCACGGGUGGCUGAUGGUCCUCUACGAGCGGGACUGCCGGAGACGCUUCGCCCCGGACGACCACUGGCUGCGCAAGGACCUGAAGCCGUGCCUGCUGUUCCAGGAGCUGGAGAAGGACCGGAAGCGGGCGCAGCUGGUCCUCCAGUACAUCCCCCACGUCAUCCCCCACAAGAACAGGGUCCUCCUCUUCCGGAACAUGGUGGCCAAGGAGAAGGAGAAGCUCGGAUUGGUCGAGACAAGCUCCGCCUCCCCACACGUCACUCACAUCACCAUCCGCCGGUCGCGCAUGCUCGAGGACGGCUACGAGCAGCUGCGUCAGUUGUCUCAGAACGCCAUGAAGGGGGUCAUCCGGGUCAAGUUCGUGAACGACCUCGGGGUCGACGAGGCCGGCAUCGACCAAGAUGGCGUCUUCAAGGAGUUCCUGGAGGAGAUCAUCAAGAAGGUCUUCGACCCCGCUCUCAACCUCUUCAAGACCACGAGUGGGGACGAGCGGUUGUAUCCAUCCCCAACGUCGUACAUCCACGAGAAUUACCUACAACUCUUUGAAUUCGUCGGAAAAAUGCUCGGGAAGGCUGUCUACGAGGGGAUCGUGGUGGACGUCCCGUUUGCGUCGUUCUUCCUGAGCCAGGUUCUGGGCCACCACCACAGCCUCUUCUACAGCUCCGUCGACGAGCUCCCCUCACUCGACUCCGAGUUCUACAAGAACCUCACCUCCAUCAAGCGUUAUGACGGUGAUGUCAGCGACUUGGGCCUGACGCUCUCUUAUGACGAAGACGUCAUGGGACAGCUUGUUUGCCACGAACUCGUUCCGGGCGGGAAGACCAUCCCUGUCACGAACGAGAACAAGAUCAGCUACAUCCACCUGAUGGCGCACUUCCGGAUGCACACGCAGAUCAAGAGCCAGGCCGCCGCCUUCAUCGGGGGCUUCCGCUCCAUCAUCCGCCCCGACUGGAUCCGCGUCUUCUCCGCCCCGGAGCUCCAGAGGCUCAUCUCCGGGGACAACGCCCAGAUCGACCUCGAGGACCUCAAGAAGCACACGGUGUACUACGGGGGUUUCCACGGGAGCCACCGGGUGAUCCUGUGGUUGUGGGACAUCCUGGCCAACGACUUCUCUCCCGACGAAAGAGCCAUGUUCCUCAAGUUUGUGACCAGUUGCUCCCGCCCUCCGCUACUGGGAUUUGCCUACCUCAAGCCCCCGUUCUCCAUCCGCUGCGUUGAAGUUUCGGACGAUCAGGACACGGGGGACACGCUGGGGAGCGUGCUGCGGGGCUUCUUUGCGAUCCGGAAGCGGGAGCCGGGGGGCCGCCUGCCCACCUCCUCCACCUGCUUCAACCUCCUCAAGCUCCCCAACUACGCCAAGAAGGCCCUGCUCCGCGAGAAACUCCGCUACGCCCUCGCCAUGAACACCGGGUUCGAGCUCUCCUGAGACACCCGACACCACCACCACGGACACCACGGUCUCCUCCUCCUCUCAUUAAACACCCACGACUCCG